AGUGAAAAAGUUGCUGCUUGUCGGCUUCCUCGUAACCCGCGCCUUGCUAGCUAGCUCUCCUGCCCUCACCCCGUGCAUGGAUGUCGAUCGGUCGCUGCCCUCACCCUCGCCCUCCCCCCGCGCCAGUAUAUAACCAUCCCAGCCAUCCACCAUCCCAACCCCAACCCCAUCAAGGAGCACACAGACACAGGGAGAGAUACCACUGUGCUAGCUAGCUGGAUUUUGGGAGACAGUGCGUUUGUGUGUGCGUGCGAUGAUGGAGGCGCACAUGGAGCAGGCGCUGCGGGAGGGGGUGACGGAGGCGGAGCGGGCGGCGCUGGAGGGGACGGUGCGGGCGCACCACACCUUCCCGGGGCGGGCGCCGGGGGCCACCUGCACGUCGCUGGUGGCGCAGCGCGUGGCGGCGCCGGUGCGCGCGGUGUGGCCCAUCGUGCGCAGCUUCGGCAACCCGCAGCGGUACAAGCACUUCGUGCGCACCUGCGCGCUCGCGGCGGGCGACGGGGCCAGCGUCGGCAGCGUCCGCGAGGUCACCGUCGUGUCCGGCCUCCCGGCCUCCACCAGCACCGAGCGCCUCGAGAUCCUGGACGACGACCGCCACAUCCUCAGCUUCAGCGUCGUCGGCGGGGAGCACCGCCUCCGCAACUACCGCUCCGUCACCUCCGUCACCGAGUUCCAGCCGGGCCCCUACUGCGUCGUCGUCGAGUCCUACGUCGUCGACGUGCCCGAGGGCAACACCGAGGAGGACACCAGGAUGUUCACCGACACCGUCGUCAAGCUCAACCUCCAGAAGCUCGCCUCCGUCGCCGAGGAGUCCGCCGCGGCGCCUGGCUCCCGGCGGCGGGACUAGAAGAGACGAGGAGAUAGCUCCCGGCGGUUCGUGGUGGGACCGCGUGACCUGGCGUAGCGGUGGCGGCGGCCGGACGGCGCCGCGCGCGGUUGUUAGUUGGAGUAGUACUCUGCUAUUUCGCCCCCCUUUCCCUUUUCCUUUUCUGUUUGUUUUCUUCGCCCCUUUUUCCGUUGGUGUCGAAAAGAGCCUUCGGCGUGAGCAAGCAGCCUCCUUUUCUUGUGUAUUAUCAUCAUCUUUGUUCUUUUC